AUGGCCACCAUGGAGCUCGACACCCAGAGCCGCUCGCGCAACGGCUCCAUCGUCCCCGUCCCCGUCACCCACGCGCGCCCCACCGUGGCCGACCUGAACGGCGAGAACCACUAUGCUCAGGUCGCGCGCAAGCACUGGCUGGACAGCUCCAAGCCGCCCAAGGUCCGCCCGCAAGUGGUCAAGGACGAGCUCUGGGAUGUCCUGGAAAAGGACGACUUCCCGUACCCCUCGCUGCUGAUCCUGGAGAAUCUGCAGCUGCUUGAGAAGUACUUGUGGCCGGGCUACACGGACGAUGCGUCCAAUCACCAUGUCUUGCUGCUGGCCUUGCUCGUCAAUGUCAAGCGCAGGGAGAACCUGGCCUCCUGGGAGCAUUUCGCAACCAGGCCGACCGAGUUUUCGUCUUUCUUCCGCCGCAUCCUCUCCAUGACCAUCGACACCUCUCUCUCCUCCAAGAUCCGCACCUACCUGAUUUCCUUUGUCAUUGGAGCCUUUCAAUCUCUGGAUAGCGGCCUCGUUCGCAAGGAAUGCGCUCCGCUGGUGUCGAUCGCCAUCUGGCAAAACCUGCACAGUGAAGUCGCGCGGGAGGAUAGACUGGAGAAAAACGUCAUGCUGAGGAAGGCAUGGCGAUCUGCUGGGAAGAAGUACGACGCCGGCGAUGAGGUGGUCAAGACGAAGCUGCGCUUCGAGCGCGCGUGGCUCUAUACCCUCCUUCUGGACUUCUUGAACAAGAUCUACAGCCCCGCUCGAGAGAAUUUGGGCUACUGCGAGCGAUUCCUCGAGUUGCUGAUUGAUUUAGGCAGUCAGUUGCCCACUCGUCGUUACGUCAACACAGUUCUUCACGACCUCAACCUCUUACCUGCCAUUCAACUGUCUCCCUUGUACGCCGACGAAGAAAACGGGCUCUUCCGCGACUUGUGUCUUCUCCUUCAGCAUUUCACCUUCUUUCCGAUAGACGACCAGGUUGGCCAGCAGCAGUCUCCCGCAGAGUAUCUCCAGGCCCACUGCGCGAAAUUGGCCAAGCUCCAGCGAACCGCAAUCAAGCAUUUCCCUUCAAAACUCACCAUCCUGGCUCUCUCAAAUUACAGUUCUUUGGAUCAAAGAGCAGAUCUCGAGGCUCACCUGGAAGUACUGACCGACGAGGAACUGGUUGGCCUUUGCAAGUUACUGGGUUUCAGGACCGAGUAUCCCAAGUCCUCACUCGUAGUCCUGGAUCGAUCAUUUUUCACUGAGCUCAUCGUUUCUGCUCAUCAAAGGAAGCCGACGUUCCAGGACUCUGUGAGGGAAAUGACCAUCCUUCCCACGGAGAGCACGCUUUACGAACCUACCUUCAUCCGCAACGAAACCUACGACGGAUCGCGACCAUUGGCAAUUCCGAAGUUGAACCUUCAGUACUUGACUCUUGGAGAUUUCCUGUGGAGGUCCUUCAUCUUGCACCGCUGCGAAGCUUUCUACGAGAUCAGGAAGGACAUGGAAGAUGUCAUCAAGCGUCUCCAGCGCAAGAAUGUCCGAGGGGCGGUACAGUUUGGCGGGAACUCCAGAAUGGCACUGCCCAUCUCAAAGCCUGCCAUCACUGAUGUGGCCCCUGCCAAGGUCGGAGAGACUUGUCCGUCCAAGGUCCAGGCAGAGGUCAUCCUUGAUGUUAGCCGUUUGAACUUUAACGUUCUCAAGGAAUGGGAGUCACUCCGCCCCGAUGAUGUCGUCUAUCUUCUCUCGGUCGACCCCCCGGAGGAUUCGCGCGCCGUCAGAAAUGGUGGCGCUCCCCUGACCGGAGCCGAACGGAUUGGAUUACGUUACUUGCGGUGCGCGGAGGUCGUGCAAGUUCUGGAUGAGAAUGGACGGCACUUGCGUGAAAGAAGGAAUGACCAAGAAGGGCAAGGGCGUAGAGCUCGCCAGCGCCGAAUCAUCCUCAAGCUUGAUAGUCUGGCAUACAAAGAGGACAUGGACCGUGUUGCAAAGGGUCAGCCUAACGUCUACGAUUCCAUCAACUUGAUAGUGCGCCGCCGGGGCCGGGAGAACAAUUUCAAGUCCAUUUUGGAGUCCAUCAGGCGCUUGACGCUUUCGGACCUCCCUGCCCCGUCAUGGCUCCAGGAGGUUUUCUUGGGCUACGGAGAUCCCGCUGGUGCUACGUACAAGCGCUUGGCAAACCGAUUGAGGAAGAUCGAUUUCCGCGACACUUUUCUGAACUGGGGACACCUUGUCUCCAGCCUCGAAGGCAAAGCGGUUGAACCCGUUGACGACACGAAGGGAAGCUUUGGGCCUCCGUAUGUGCUGGAGUUCCCGGAAGAAGAACCGCAAGAGGUCCCCGCGCGCCACUCCAAGAAGCGGAGACGAACCAAGGCCGGCGCACCAGAACAUGCUCAGGCCGCACCUGAAGCAGUCCGUGUCUCCUCGUAUAAGCCACCGAACAUGGGCCCCUAUCCCACAGACGCCCCUAAGCUCAAUACUGUACCGUUCACGUCUGCCCAGACCGAAGCUAUUACAUCCGGCACUCAGCCAGGUCUGACCGUCAUAGUCGGUCCUCCAGGUACUGGUAAGACCGACGUCGCAACGCAGAUCAUUAACAAUAUCUAUCACAACUUCCCCAACCAACGGACACUGCUCAUUGCCCACAGUAACCAGGCGUUGAAUCAGCUGUUUCAAAAGAUCGUCGCUCUCGACAUCGAUGAGAGGCAUCUGCUUCGUCUCGGCCACGGCGAGGAGGAGUUGGAGACGGAAGGCAGCUACAGUAAGCACGGCCGUGUCGGCUCCUUCCGCGAGAUCGGCACGCGGUAUCUGGCCGAGGUGGAUCGACUGGCUGCCAACUUCAAUGCUCCCGGUGCACACGGCCAAUCCUGUGAGACGGCCGGCUAUUUCAACUCGGUCUAUGUCCAUCCCGCAUGGACAAAGUACUGGAAUGCAGUUGAAGCUGGCGACUUGAGCGACGAAGACUUGGUCGCCGAGUUCCCCUUCCAUCACUACUUUUCCAAUGCGCCGCAACCUCUCUUCCCUCAAGGUGCCUCGCGGGAGGCUCUCAUGGAGGUCGCGGCUGGAUGCUACCGCCAUAUCGAGAAGAUCUUUUCUGAGCUCGAAGACAUUCGACCAUUCGAGAUCCUGCGAAGCCCGAGAGACAGCGCAAACUACCUCUUGGUCAAGGAAGCUAGAAUUGUUGCCAUGACGUCCACCCACGCAGCCAUGAGGCGGCAAGAGAUUGCGAGCCUCGGAUUCCACUAUGACAACGUGAUCAUGGAAGAGGCCGCACAAAUCACCGAGAUCGAAAACUUCAUCCCUCUCGCACUGCAAAACCCCAAGGAGGGCGAGUUGCCGUUGCAAAGAGUAGUUCUGUGCGGCGAUCAUCUUCAGAACUCGCCGGUGGUCCAGAACCUUGCUUUCAGGCAAUACGCCAACCUUGAGCAGUCGUUAUUCCUCAGACUGGUCAGGCUCGGUGUGCCUACCAUCAUGCUGGAUCAGCAAGGUCGGGCAAGACCCAGUCUAGCAGAACUCUACAAAUGGCGGUAUUCAAAGUUGGACAACCUGCCCACCGUCGAGUCGAGCCCGGAAUUCCAGACUGCCAACGCUGGUUUCCGUUUCGACUACCAGUUCAUCAACGUGCCUGACUACAAGGGUCGUGGUGAGAUGGAGCCGACACCGCAUUUCAUCCAGAAUUUGGGUGAGGCGGAAUAUGCAGUUGCUCUCUACAUGUAUAUGCGCCUGCUCGGCUAUCCGGCAUCAAAGAUCUCCAUCUUGACUACGUACGCCGGCCAGAAGGCCCUCAUCAGGGAUGUCCUUUCCCACCGUUGCGCCAAAAACCGGCUCUUCGGCAUGCCCAGGAUCGUGACGACGGUCGACAAGUAUCAGGGCGAGCAGAACGACUAUGUCAUCCUUUCCCUCGUCCGCACCGCCCGCGUCGGCUACCUACGUGACAUCCGCCGCCUCACCGUCGCACUCUCUCGCGCGCGCCUCGGCCUCUAUGUCCUCGGUCGCCGCGAGGUGUUUGAAGCCAGCUACGAGCUCAAGCCCGCCUUUGACAUCCUGCUCCAGCGCCCGGAUAAGCUCGGCCUCGUCACGAAUGAAAUGUUCCCCACGACUCGUGCGCUGGCCGCCGAACCAGAGGCGACAGAGAUGGAGGGCGUCGAGCACUUGGGCCAAUACGUCUUCGAGAUGACCCAGGCCAAGGUGGCGGCGCUAAAGGCGAACGGGGGCGUGCUGCCGCCGGUCGAGCAGAUAGCGAAGGAUGAGGAUAUGGACGUAGAUGAGGUCGGGGAUGAAGAAGAAGUGGCGGACGACGAUGGGCCGGAUGAUGACGAGGAAGAAGAGGCUUAG